UGAGAUUACAACACGUGACAGCCACAGUCACAUGAUUGAAUCACGAGGUCUCCUCAUUCAUUGACCCCAGUCGUGGUCACAGCACAUUGUCUGAGCUCGUCGUUUGAGUGCUCUGCUCUGUGGAACAAAGGACACUCUCAAGAUGAUUUUGUUAUUCAUUACAUUCAUGGUGCUGUCGCAUGCUAUUGCUUCUCCUUUGUAUUUUACCCCGAGUGAAUUAAACUCUAUGUUAUGUCCGGAUGGAAAGUCUCAAUGUCCAGAUGGAAGUACAUGUUGUAAAUUGACCAGUGGAGAAUGGGGAUGCUGUCCAAUGCUAAAGGCAGUAUGCUGCUCUGAUGGUCUACAUUGCUGUCCUAAUGGUACAACAUGUGAUGUUUCUCGGGGUAAAUGUAAUAAGGGUGAAUUUAGUAUGCAAUGGGUCAAGAAAACACGAUCAAUCCCCGCUGACUCUAUCUUGUGUCCUGAUGGUAAAUCCCAAUGUCCAGAUGGCAACACGUGCUGUAAGCUGAAAACUGGAGAGUAUGGGUGUUGUCCUUUACCCAAGGCUGUAUGCUGCUCUGAUGGUCUACAUUGCUGUCCUAAUGGUACAACAUGUGAUGUUUCUCAGGGUAAAUGUAAUAAGGGUGACUUCAGUAUGCCGUGGGUCAAGAAAACUUUAGCCACACCAACAAAUUCUAUAUUGUGUCCUGAUGGUCAGUCUCAAUGUCCAGAUGGAAGCACUUGUUGCAAACUGUCGACGGGUGAAUGGGGAUGUUGUCCCUUACCCAAGGCUGUAUGCUGCUCUGAUGGUCUACAUUGCUGUCCUAGUGGUACAACAUGUGAUGUUUCUCAGGGUAAAUGUAAUAAGGGUGACUUCAGUAUGCCAUGGGUCAAGAAAACUUUAGCCACACCAACAAAUUCUAUAUUGUGUCCUGAUGGUCAGUCUCAAUGUCCAGAUGGAAGCACUUGUUGCAAACUGUCGACUGGUCAAUGGGGAUGUUGUCCAUUACCCAAGGCUGCAUGCUGCUCUGAUGGUCUACAUUGCUGUCCUAAUGGUACAACAUGUGAUGUUUCUCAGGGUAAAUGUAAUAAGGGUGACUUCAGUAUGCCAUGGGUCAAGAAAACUUUAGCCACACCAACAAAUUCUAUAUUGUGUCCUGAUGGUCAGUCUCAAUGUCCAGAUGGAAGCACUUGUUGCAAACUGUCGACGGGUGAAUGGGGAUGUUGUCCCUUACCCAAGGCUGUAUGCUGCUCUGAUGGUCUACAUUGCUGUCCUAGUGGUACAACAUGUGAUGUUUCUCAGGGUAAAUGUAAUAAGGGUGACUUCAGUAUGCCAUGGGUCAAGAAAACUUUAGCCACACCAACAAAUUCUAUAUUGUGUCCUGAUGGUCAGUCUCAAUGUCCAGAUGGGAGCACUUGUUGCAAACUGUCAACCGGUCAAUGGGGAUGUUGUCCUUUACCCAAGUUCACAAAUUUGUCAAAGAAACAACAAGUUUCAUUGCUAGCGCCCCUGUCAAACAGAGCUUAUCAUGAUGUUAAUGAUGUCAUCUCUAGUGUUAAUGAUGUCAUCUCUAGUGUUAAUGAUGUCACAUGUAAAGGAGGCAAGCAGAAGUGCCCUGACGGGAAUACGUGUUGUGAAGAAGCAAGUGGUUUGUUUGGUUGUUGUCCAUUUCCAGAUGCCGUUUGUUGUGUUGAUCAACAACAUUGUUGUCCACAAGGAUUUACAUGUGAUUUACAACAAACAAAGUGUAUUAAAGGGUCUUUAGGAUUGCCCCUAAUGAAGAAAACCAUGGCUCAG